CUCUCAAUUGCUAAGUUGAAGUAUCAUAUACCCACAUCCGUCCCUUACUCUGGCACCACCGCACUAUUCACUCAAGAACAAUACUCACAAUGACAUCCACAAGCGACCUCUGGCACGACGCCCGCAACCCGCCCGCAGACCCAACACACCUAUCCUUCAAGAACAAAGCCGUCCUCGUAACCGGUGCCUACGGCGCAGGAUUAGGCCACUUCGCAGCCGUCAAGUACGCCGCACUAGGCGCCAACCCCCUAAUCCUCGCCGUCCGAACACAAGAAAAAGGGGAGCAAGCCAAAGCCUCCAUCAUCCAAAAAACCGGGUGCUUACCUGACAUCUUCAUCAUUGAAACCCUAGACCUUUCGUCUUUCGCAUCCGUCAAGUCGUUCGCAGAACGUGUGAAUAAGCGUGUUCCUGAGUUACAUGUCAUCCAGCACGCCGGUGGCGUCGCGGGGUUUAGUUAUGUUCGGAGUGGUGAUGGGUGGGAGAUGGCGGUGCAAGUAGACUUACUAUCGCCCGUUCUCUUAACUCUUCUAUUACUACCCAAAAUGCGCGACACAGCAUCAUCAUCAGACCCCAAUGCCUACCGCCCACACAUCUCAUUCCUAAACAGCCGCGCAAUCUUCGGAAUCCCAGAAGUCGUUGCUCCGCCCGAAGACCAGACACUGAUCCAAGGAUGCAACGACGAGGGUAAAUGGGACAGCAGAGCGUCGUAUUACCUCGUCAAGCUAGCGACAUGGUACGCAGUACAGGGUAUCGCGGAUCUAUGUGAAGGUUCCGAUAUCGUCGUCAACGCCACAUGUCCGGGGUUGUGUAACACCAAUAUGACUAAGGGCCUCCCUACAAGUAUCCAAUUGAUCAUGGCGGUGCGGUAUUUCUUCGUCGGGCGAAGCGCUGAAGAAGGGGCGCGGACGCUGGUGAGUGCGACGGGGUUGGGGAAGGAGAGUCAUGGGCGGUUUUGGAUGAAUGAUCAGUAUCCGAAGAUGACCCCAUUCCUCGAGAGUGAAAAGUCGACGAAGAUGUAUCAUGAGACGUGGAGUGAGAUCCUGUCUAUUCUUCGCGAUCAUGUUCCCCCGGAGCUGAUUUAACGGAUAAUUGUUGGAAGAUUCAUUUCGGAUUCCACUAUGUAUAAUUAAUUCUAAAUGCAGGUGUAGAGCCUUAUCGUGUAGAUUGUCAAUAUAUACUUCAUCUGCAUUAUCAAUUUACAGCAUAGGCUUGAG